UGUUCUGUCAACUCUCAUCAGAACAGAGCAGCGUAGAAGUUCAAAUUCUCUUGCUUCUCUAUAGUCUCUCACUUGAUAUUUUCUCUGCGAUGGCUAAAAUAUCUGUGUUUAUUGGUUUCUUUGUGGGUUUUCUUUUGCUUGGUUUGGUUAGCGCUAAUUACUUUGAAGAGCUCUAUCAGCCAAGCUGGGCUUUCGAUCAUUUUACUCAAGAAGGGGACACUCUCAAGCUCAAGCUUGAUAACUAUUCUGGUGCUGGAUUUGCAUCCAAAAGCAAGUACAUGUUUGGGAAAGUCUCAAUGCAGAUUAAACUAGUUGAGGGCGACUCUGCGGGAACUGUUACUGCUUUCUAUAUGUCAUCAGACGGUCCAAAUCACAACGAGUUUGAUUUUGAGUUCCUGGGGAAUACAACAGGUGAACCGUACCUGAUCCAAACCAAUCUGUAUGUGAAUGGUGUAGGUAACAGAGAACAGAGAAUGGAUCUCUGGUUCGACCCCACCAAGGACUUUCACACCUAUUCUGUCCUAUGGAACCAACGUCGAGUUGUAUUUUUGGUGGAUGAGACCCCGAUAAGAGUGCACACCAACUUGGAACACAAAGGAAUUCCCUUUCCUAAGGACCAACCCAUGGGAGUGUACAGUUCAAUAUGGAAUGCUGAUGACUGGGCUACACAAGGUGGGAGAGUGAAAACCGACUGGAGCCAUGCACCAUUCGUAGCCUCAUACAAGGGAUUUGAAAUUGAUGCUUGUGAAUGCCUAGUAUCAGUUACAGCAGCUGAUAAUUCAAAGAAAUGUACCAGCAAUGCUGAGAAAACGUACUGGUGGGAUGAGCCAACAAUGGCCGAGCUGAGUCUUCACCAAAACCACCAGCUUUUGUGGGUUAGAGCCAACCACCUCAUCUAUGACUACUGUACUGAUACUGCCAGGUUCCCAGUCACUCCCACAGAAUGUGUGCAUCACCGCCACUAGUUGAUGGUAAUUGGGUUUUGGUUAGGCUAUGAAGAAGAAGAAGAUGGUGUUCUGCUUGUGUAAAAAAAGGGGUUGAAACUUGAAAGAUGGUGUUCUGCUUGUGUAAACAUGUACUCCAUGUUUUGUUCUUUGUGGCUGUAGAUUAUAUUGUACGAUUGAAUAAUGUUAUUUUGUUUUUCCAAAA